AUGAAGUUCGAGCUCCUCACUCUUGUCCUCACCCUCCUCUUCACCCUUACGCUUAGCCUUCCCACCGCUGUCCCCACCACAGAAGACACCUCCGUUUCCCCCGCAACCGACAUCAAUUCCGAAGCCCAAACAACACUCGUCUGCCACUCUGGUCUCCCCGCCUCAGUCUGCGCAUCCGUCUAUGGUGCUUCGUGCUCGGACAAUGGUGGGUUCUACAGUCAUCCAGCGCCGGAUGGGAAGAGUUGUACUAGUCGACAGUGCUUCUGUAGGCGCUAG